AUAUUUUAUACACAGAACCAAAAUGGAGGAAAAUUCUGCAUUAGUGCCUCUAGAACAACAGCAUGAUAUAGGAAAAAAUGCCAAAGCUAGUAAUGGGAAAAUGUUACUAUGGAAUGACCCACGUUUAAUCGCAAACCAACGAAUAUCAAAUGCUCAACCAGUGCCCAUAUCUUCUGCUAGCUUAGUGUAUUACCAACGGCCUAAUAUAGUGGAAAAAUCGCAAACAAGUUUCAUGAAAUGUCCAGAGAAAUUACAGCCUAAUAAUGUGCAAGACGUUACACCAGUAAGCAGUGAUAACGAGGUGCGACCGCUUAAAAAUUACUGCGAUAUAUGUAAUGUUGGGUUUAGUACAACUCAAUCACUGUGGAGACAUAGGAGAAGAAAGCACUGGAAAGAGCAUAAAGCUGGUAUGUUUUACACCAAGCAAAAAAACCUUGUGUGUCUGUUAUGUGAUGAUUUUAAGUGCUCUGUGCAAGCUGAACUAAUCGACCAUUAUAAUUCGGCUCAUGGUAAAAAUUUGGAUGUAAAAUGUGAGGCCUUUGAAAAGGAAGAUAAAUUUAUUGAAUGGAAAGCGGACCUGGAAAAAAGAACGAGUUCUUUGUUUAUUAUAAAGACAGCGCGAAAAGGGACCCAUUUACAAAAUGAAGUAAAAUAUUACUCGUGUAACCGAUCCGGGUAUUUUAAAAGGAGUGGGAAUAAUCUAAGGAGUUUGAAAAAGAAAGGGUCGUGCAAAGUUUCUGGACACUGUAGCGCGUAUAUUACUAUGAAGAGAAAUAAACAUACUGGUUAUGUCACUGUAGAUUACUGUGGGGAACAUGUAGGUCACGAUUUGGACCCCAAAUAUUUGAAAUUAUCUCCGGAUAUUCGGAAUUAUGUAGCAAGCGCGCUUUCAAGCGGGGUUAACAUUGAUAAACUUUUGGAGAAUUUAAAAGAAGAAUUUUCGAUGGUGGGAAGAGACGCUCUGAUUUCAAGACGAGAUAUUUUGAACAUUAGAAGCAAAUUUAUCACUGAAUCUGUCGCGAGAGGGAGUAUGUAUGAGCAAAUUGAACAGCAGCCUGAAGAAAUUGGGGAGGGUGUGCGGGAAGAUUGCACAGCGGAUAGCAGCAAAACUGUUGAUGUUAAAAAUGAAACUUUGCAAAGGGCUCAGGAUAUUAUAGAUUUGAUUCAGACUACGAAAGACCCAACUUCUUUGCAGUCUAUGUUGAGCUGUCUAAACUAUGUAAGAGACAUUGGGCAUGGGAUACAAAAUGAAAUUGAAAUAUCUGAGAAUACAUAGCAUGGAGAUAUACAACUGUUAGAAUUUAAAUUGUGCAACUUUGAUGGCAGUACUGCAUAUAGUACUGUGGGGGAAAGACGGGAAACCUUUAGCACAUAAUAUCCAAAUAUUCUGAUUGUGUUUUAUACAAUUAACAACAGUCUAUGGGAGUCGUGGGGAUACAGUUUUAUAAUUCUAUAAAUAUUCUUUGUUUAAUACCAAAUGGGACAAGAAAACGAUAUGAAAAGGUGUCCCAUCCUUCCCCACCCUACUAUAAUAUGAUUGAAGUUUGCUUAGGUAAGCGUUUAAAAUAAACUGUUAUAUCACAAAGCUAUUUCCAUUCAUUUUUUCUUGUAAGCAAUGUUUGGCACAUAUGUGUUAUUAUAAUAUGAUUGAAGCUUUCUUGGUUACGUAUUACAAAUAAGUUGUUGGAUCACAAAGCCAUCUCCA